UUUCGAUCUAUUCACAAAUUCAAUGUUAGUUUGUUUUAGGUUUUGCCAUUUAAUUUCACCACCUAAUUUCCCUUGUGUUUCAAGGAUUUUUCUUUUUUGUUCAUUAUUCUAAGUGGGUACAAAUUCACUCUACUGUCUUGCUUUUUCAUUCAUUUAGCUGAAUUUUAGUUUCUAUGGGUGAUCUCAUCUUGGGUUUCUUGUGAUCUCAUUAUAAAACAGAAAGCUUGUGUGUUUGGAUGUUUGUUUCUUUGCAUCCUUUGUUGAUCGGUUGAGUACGGUAAUUUGGAUUUUCUGAAAUAUGUCAGGGCAAGGCCAGCGCUUGAAUGUAGUUCCGACUGUUACAAUGCUUGGUGUUGUUAAAGCUCGCCUUGUUGGUGCUACAAGAGGUCAUGCUCUUCUCAAGAAGAAGAGUGACGCUUUGACCGUGCAGUUCCGUCAAAUUCUUAAGAGGAUUGUCACUACAAAAGAAUCAAUGGGAGAGAUUAUGAAAACCUCUUCAUUUGCCCUGACCGAAGCAAAGUAUGUUGCUGGUGAAAACAUCAAGCAUGUUGUCCUUGAAAAUGUCCAAAAUGCAUCUCUUAAGGUUCGAUCCCGGCAAGAGAAUGUUGCUGGUGUGAAGCUUCCCAAGUUCGAGUAUUUCACAGAUGGUGAUACCAGGAAUGACCUCACAGGAUUGGCCAGAGGUGGUCAACAGGUCCAGGCCUGCCGUGCUGCCUACGUCAAAGCAAUUGAGCUUCUUGUUGAGCUUGCUUCACUUCAGACAUCAUUUUUGACACUCGAUGAGGCGAUCAAGACCACUAAUCGCAGGGUCAACGCACUGGAGAACGUUGUGAAGCCAAGAUUGGAAAAUACUAUUAGUUACAUAAAGGGGGAGUUGGAUGAGCUUGAAAGGGAAGAUUUCUUCAGGUUGAAGAAGAUACAAGGUUAUAAGAAGAGGGAAAUUGAGAAACAGCUUGCUGCUGCCAAGCGGUUUGCCGAGGAACAGUUUGCAGAGAAAGUUUCUCUACAGGAAGGCAUAUCACUAAAAUCAGCUCACAACUUGUUGUCUGCAGCAGUGGAGAAGGAUGAGGAUAUAAUUUUCUGAUAUGGAUGUUAGUUUAUUUAUUCUUAUUCUUAGGAUGUGUGGCUUUGGCCUAUUGCUUGGUAAGGAUUUCUAUCAUUGUAGACGGGUAUUUUUUUUUCCCUUUGCUUUUCGUUAUUCAAUAAAAUGCUUAAUGUAUGGUUCUAUUUA